CUCACACCACAGUCAUCUUUAGGCCCACCUGCUCCUCCAAAGCCCCCUGGCGGGCCAGCCUUGCCUGCCGAGAUGACGUCUCGGCGCCUGGGAGGAGCAUCACGAGGGGCAGCCAGCUGGAGGCUUGCCCAAAGCCGUGCUUCUUUCGGCCUCCGUCCUCCGUACAAAGCUCGACCCCUGAUGUUCUGGACAUUUACACUGCAGAAGCAAUUUGUUUCUCCUUUUACCUCCUUCAAACGCUUUCCCAUACGGAGCUUAUCAGCCUAGCUCCAGUCCCCUGCAGCCCGUAAACCGACACGCUGGCGGGUGAUCGAUCGCUAUCGGAUUCGCGAUGUCCCUUUUCUCAGCCCAGCUCCACCCCGGGCGAGCCUUGGGCUUUUUUGUACUUGGUGCAUUUCUUCAUGAUGUCUUGACGCGCAUCAAGGCUGAACCUCAACGGUUUCCAAAGAUGGAGGUCUACCAACCCCAAGACCCGGUGAAAGAAGGCGUUCUCAUCGGCUUGCCGGCAAACGGGAUACGGCUGCGGUUUGAUGGACCAGAGCAGCGGCUUCGCUUGGUUGAGGUCCUCGAUUUUACAAAGAAUCACAUCUUCUUGAAGCCGGCAGAUGGCAAGGAGCGCGAUCUCGUACGGCCGCCGAGCACCAUCCAAGGCGCCUCGUCGACCGCCGACCCCGUCCCUGGUCCGACAUUCCGACACAUAUAUCAGCGGUUUCUGGGACCAACAUAUGACGGGGAAUACAUACCAAACACAGAGAACGAUGACCGGAACGGCGCCGGCACGUAUGUGCUGUCCUACCCCGGCGUUGGCUUCAUUUUCCCUAUGAAGAAACAGGACUACAGGCCUGAAAAGGACGUCGUGUCGCUGUUACAUUCCUCGGCAGUGCCCGUGGCUAUGGCCGUGUUCAGCGGCGAUUCCUGGGCACAAGCACGCGAGACGCUCUGGACUGAGGUACUGCCCAGCAUCAAGACCUUCCCGCCUCUUGCCAAGGGCAAGGAUGUCGUUCCGGACGAGGUUUCCCUGGUCAAGCUACACGGUGGCGGCAAGCUGCAACUCUUCCGCAAGUGGACUAGCAAUUCCUUCUGGAUAACGCUGGGCGACACGACGCCCCAAGACUUGGUGGCGGAGUUGGGCCCGCCGGACGCCAUUUACCGCAAAAACGACCAGCGCAUGUACAUCCACAAGCUCCGCGCAGCCAGCAACACCGCGGGCAUCAGGCCCAAUGGCAACGACCUCAAGCGGCAGGACGAUCUGACCGACACGGACCAGUCAUCGCACCCCGCAUCGGACGAGUGCGAGUCAAACGACAACGACGAUGAUGAUGAUGAGGCCGUCGAAGACGACGACAUUGCGCACGUCUCGAGCGAGUGCUUCUACAACUACUUCUACAUGGGCUUUGACAUUCUGGUGUCGACGCCCACCGCACCGUCCCGCAUUCCUCCAUCCCGGGAAGCGAACCCCAACCCGGACAUCCCCGAAUACCCCUACAAAUCCAAGCACGCCGACCGGCUGGUCGCCACAAAGGUCAUCCUCCAUGGAAACGUGCCCGGGUCGUAUCCCUUUAACCGACACCGGCGGUGCCGCUGGGAGAUUGCCUACCUUGACCGGCCGGCGGACAAUGAGAUCAACUCGGAGACGCCGUUCCCGGAGAUUGAAGAGGCGCUGCGCGAGGAGUGGAAGUCGAUCUACGCAUCCGAAGCCGAUGCGAAACAGAAGCAGCGCGGUAUGGUGCUCAAUAGGGGAUGGGGUGACAGCCCCGGGAGCAGCUGCGAGCUGCUCGGCGGGUGGGAGGAGAGUGGGGGCACCAACCCGGCCGUGGGCAGGAACGGAGGUUUAGACUCGACCACUACGCUUUAUGGUUUCCCCGGUUUGGUUUUUGAGGUGUUGAAGAACGGUUACGUGAGUUCUGUGACUGUCUUUUAGGGAUCGGGACGGGUAUUGGCAUGAUUGGCAUGAUUACAUAUGUACUGGCGUUGAGCGAUUUGUUAAGGGGGACAGGGCGGUAACUCUACAUGGAUUUCACAAUGGGGCUGGAGCAAACGGUGUUAUUCUUGGAUCAAUCUAGGUGUUACAUUUGUGCCCGUUUGCUAGAGCGAUGCUUUGAGUUUGAGAACAUGUAAUAGACUGAAGUUGACAUCGGAGGCGCUUUUGUACUGCAAUCAACCGGCAACUAUAUUGAGCAAGCUUUGAGGGACAAACAUGCAGGGGCAUUUCUUCC